AGAAUCGGCUGCAUUCGACAACAUCCGUGGAUGGAACAAUCACGCUAGACACGAUCUUUGCUUCCCUCAGUAUUGUCUAUAGAACACUUUCAAGAAUAGGUUUCAAUGUCACUUCAACCAUGCGCCAUCUGUGGGAGCAGAGACUCCAAGUAUCGCUGUCCCUCGUGCCGGGUCACUAGCUGUUCUCUUUCUUGUUACAAAACCCAUAAGAAUCAAUGUAGCCAGGUUGCAUUGGCAAGCGACCCCAAGCCAAGCAUGACAAUAGUGCAGGACAAUAUAUCCACGGACAAAGAGAAUACUUCUCCCAGGGAGCAGCUCUUGCAAGACCCAAGAUUGCCAGAGCUUUUCGAGCAAUACCCACUUCUACGUCAAAAACUGAGAUCCAUUUUUGAUACCACCGCUGACGGCAAUAACGAGAUCUCAUCCAACGAUCAUCACCACGGGAGGUCCAAAGCAGGACAGCCUCCGGCCCAACGUAUUGCCCGUUCAUUGCAAAAUCUUGAAAAGGAGCUGAGUUCAGACAACGCCGAACGCAUCGGUCUAAAAGCCUUCGCCGACUUGGUGGCGGAUAUCAAUUCGAAACAAACUAGAAAGACAUGAUUCAUCGUCGUGGUUCAUCCUGAUGGCUGCUCAAUUCGUGGCAUAGUAGGGAUCGGAGGGACAUCUGGUGCUUUCAGAUGACCGGGUGACCUUCUCCAGGGUCUCAUAGAUCGUGUCCUUCUGGGAACUUUGUUCUCCGCGGCAUCAUCGUCGUCUAAGUACAUAUCGAUAAACCUCUCCACGGGCGAUCUUUUCCGAAAGAUACCCAAGAUGGUUUCCCUUCGUUUUAACUGGGGUCGUCCGUUGUCUUUCAGCAGCAGCAAUGUCGACAGAGCUGUCUUAUCUUGGUUUUGGUGACCAACCUCUCCUUCACGCUCGCCAUCAUCGUCGUCGUCGUCAUCAUCAUCCACAACGUUCAGCGUGAGCGGCCCGCGGGGCUUGUAUUUCAAUUCAAGGGCUUCAGGGCCUUCUUGAAGCACUUGGAUUUCCAGCUCCCUCCGCAGCUGAUCUUCAUACGGUGAACACACCAGGAUGGGCGUGGGUGGAGGGCUCAGUGUUGCGGCAGUUGCGAGGGAUCCGGUGUGCGAGAGAGGCGAUACCAGUGAGGAUCUUUCGCGGUUCUCAGGCAGCGGUUCGGUGCAAUUCACGGUCAAACGUUCUUUGCGUUUCGGUGGCCUUUCUGCAUGGUUUCCUGGGUGCACUUUGACGGUCUUCGGUGACAGGCUGCUGCUGCGGCUUGGUAGUAGUUGUACAGUAGUGAAGCUAGUGGGACUCUCUGGUGGGAACGGCCAGGACGCUAUCAUGUCAUAGUCCGUUGCGUUGCUGGUCGGGGAAUUUGGCUCGUCGGGUUCACUAUCUGUGAAAUAGUCUUCUUCGUGAUUUGCUUGUCCAUUAUUGCCAC